AUGGCCGACCCCAAGAUUCAGGAACUUCUCACCAAGUCUCGCUCCGAACUCACCGAGUACGAGAUUGCGCAGCUUGAAGAGUAUGAGUUCUCUUCCGGUCCCCUUUCCAUCCUCCAGACGGCUGUGAGGUCGCACACGCAGGUGCUCAUCUCCAUUCGCUCGAACCGCAAGCUACUGGCACGUGUCAAGGCCUUUGACAGGCAUUGCAACAUGGUGCUCGAGAACGUCAAGGAGAUGUGGACGGAAACGCCCAGGCUAGCGGACGGAAAGAAGGGCCGGCCGGUCAACAAGGACAGAUUCAUCAGCAAGAUGUUCCUGAGAGGUGAUAGCGUCAUCCUGGUUCUUCUAUCCUAG